GUGAUGCGUCCCCCCAUGCAGAUGGACGUGUCCUCGUUCCCUUCGCCAUAUGUUAUGUCCACACUUGACAUCCACAGUGGCCGUCACCCAGCUUUCCCGGACGGCCGAUCAGUAAAUGUGCUGAGUUAUCCGCUGAGCCCUCACUGCCUGCACACAGCGCACCGCCACGUUGUGCUGAGUCACGCCACCGCCAGUCACUUCCUGUUUUCGGAUCCUCUCAGUCUGCUGAGUCACGUUAAGAAAAAAAAAAAAGCCCUGACUGCAGCAGAGCUGGGCGAGAAACACGGAAGUGAUCGGCAGCUGCGGGGCCAGCGCUAUAUAUACGGGUCACCCUGCACCCAGCUACAGACCACAGGCUGCCCAGACUCAGCACUUAUCACCUCGCACAGAAGACGAGAAGCCAUGUCCGCCACACCGGGAGAGAGCGACCUGUACGGAGCCACGCCCAGAGAGGAGGAAAAUCAGCCCCUGAGGCCGACAGAUCUGUCCGAGCUCCUCAAGGAAGGAACUAAGGAAUCUCACGAGAAGGCGGAAAAUACCAAGUUUGUGAAGGAUUUUCUGAAGGGUCGAAUCAAGCGAGAAUUAUUCAAGCUGGCCACCGGCGCCCUGUACUACACGUAUUCUGCGCUGGAGGAGGAGCUCGAUCGGAACAAGGAGAACCCGGCCAUCACUGCCCUGUAUUUCCCUCAGGAGCUGCACAGGGCGGAGGCUCUGAAGAAAGAUGUCGCCUACUUCUAUGGAGAAGAUUGGGAGGACACUAUACAGUGCUCCGAGGCCACUCAGGCUUACGUGGACCGGAUCCACCACUUGGGUCGUCACAAGCCAGAGCUGCUGGUGGCUCACGCUUACACCAGGUACAUGGGGGAUCUGUCAGGUGGACAAGUCCUGAAGAAGGUGGCCCAGAGAGCCCUGCAUCUACCCGGCACCGGGGAAGGAAUCCAAUUCUACCUGUUUGAUAAUGUCACAAACGCCCAGCAGUUCAAGCAGCUCUACAGGGCCCGACUCAACACCCUGGAACUGAGCGAUGAGGCCAAGAAGAGCAUUGUGGAGGAAGCAAACAAAGCCUUCCAGUUUAAUAUGAACGUUUUUGAGGAGUUGGAUAAAAUCGGAGCCACCAUCCCGGAUGAACCACAAGAAGACGGUCUUCCGGUGCACGACGGGAAGGGAGAUCUUCGGAAAUGCCCGUACUAUGCUGCUAAAGGUGCCGUCGCCUCAGGUUGUCCACUCCACGCUGUCGUGGCUCUUACCAGUCGUCCUGAAGUAAAAGCGGUGCUAGCUGCCUUUGCCGCCGCCAUUGCUGCCGCCAUCGCUUGGUACCUCAUGUGAUCGGGGUCCCACCGCGGGGACACAGGAAGAAUUUUGGGGCUUUCAAUAAAUCCAGGACUUAAUGAAGAUUUUAUGAAGAUUUUCAUUUCCAGAAUCCGCCCUAAUGCCCCUCCCCCAAGGCACAUUAGACGAUGCUGUGAACUUGACCUGCUCGAUCCGUAUGGACUCUGCCAUAAGUGAACCGCCAAGGUUCAGGGGCAAUUAACUCCUUCAUGUCCAGAUUGCAUAUAUUACCGCCUAUGGUAAGAGGUCAGUGAUCCACAGGCACACAUUAGGUUUUAAGAAGCCGUCCCCGUGCUUUACUCCCCAUAUAGUAAGCAUGGCGGUAUAGUAAGGGACGCCCAUCCCCCACUCGUGUAAGAUGACAGGAUGUAGCCAUAUGGAACCAAUAUAUGCAACGCUCCCAAAGACAAUUUCAUGAAUUUAAAGUGUUACGGUUUGGUGCUGCCACGAGAGGAAUCCAUCUUGUUAUAAGGAGCCAGGAUUCCUUGUAGAUUUUUAGAUCCCCUCCCCCACUGCUGAGGUUUUUGCACUAAGACGACAGUAUCUCGUGCCUGUAUUCCUCUGCUCAAGCUGGAAAUCCAUUCACUUCUUUAUGCGUUACAUUUUUACUAAUUAUUCUGCCUCUAGGAAAGCUGGGUCACUGCCACCAUGGCCGCCGUUACAGCUUUUCUAGUGGCUUCAGUGGGAUGCCGCCUUGUGCUGCCACAUGCGUCUCCUUAUUGUUACAUGGACCUGCGGAGGCGUUGAUGGCGGCCAUAUUGGUUGUGAGCGGUAGAGAGGACGAUUCAUGGACUUAUUUACUAAGGCUUUUUAUUAUGAUUGGGGGACGCCCUGUAAAUUUCCCCAGUGACAGACACGUGGCGGAGUAGCCAUUUUGGUGACCUUAGCUUAGAUGCAGAGUAAGAAAAUGUGGAACCACUGAGGUACAAAACACGUUGUGCCUCACACCUCAUGACUGCAGGCUAGAUAAGGGGUUACCUCAGAAAAUGGCUGCCUUCCCACCGACGCUGCUCACCCUUUCAUUCUUCAGGUAACGGUUGUGUAUUAACAGUUCGAUAUUUGCGGUAUUCAGGGCUGAGGUGCGUCCGAAUACGAAAGGUGCUGGCGUUUCCUCUCUCCCCGAGCCGCCAUCUCUAACUCAAUAAAUUAUAUUACAAUCUAUA